ACCUAUAAAAUACAUGAGGCACGUUUCUCAACGCAUAUGGACUCGUCGGUGUAACGCACCAAGACAAACUUCGGGCAUCGUCUCAUCUGCAUUAUCUGCAGCAACAUUAUAUUUACUGAGAAUAAUUCUAUGUUAUGAUAAUUGAAGACAGGUGUCUUUGCAGCUUCCCCACAUAAGAGCUGACGGAGAGCUCGUUUUCUCUCUCGCACUCACUUUUUCUUGCUAAGAUACGAGGAGUGUUUCUCCAACGACUGGUUAACGCCGCAAACAUCUUUGCUCCGACAGAUCAUAAUACACGGUGCGACGUACUCGAACGUUUUUUAUCGCCAAUUUCACGAGUCGAACGUGUUGGAUAUUUGCUAAUUUCUCAAACUUUUAUUAAUUAUUUUAUAAAAUCGUUAUUUCAAAGGGUUUAUUCUCCGAUGAAAUGACAUUGAAAAGUUUGAUGUUUGUCGCGAUCCCUUAUUUUUUAAGCCACACGAUUGUCGAAAUGCUCCGAAAAGAUUUCACUUGAGUUGUGUCCUCGUGGAACGAAGUUAUAAAUUUGUACAUAUUACGAGUGGAGAAUUGAGCUACUGGAAUCAUUGUUAUACGUAUGGCAGGAGGUCGUAAUACGUCGACCCAAAUAUUUCGAGCGCAAAACGAUUGCACCUUACCUCUCGAAGUUUUGGACUUUAUCUACGAUUUCACCCAGCCGGAUUUGGAGUUCAUUUGGCCGUGUCAGGCACGAUCCUACUGGCUCUAUCUUCAACCUUUCGUCAAAUUUGUUCGCGUUCUCUUGAACUAUGUGACACCAUUUAUCAUUAUUAUCGGUGUGACUUUGAAUGUCGUUUCAUUCGGGAUGUUGAAUACCGUGGCCAUGUCAGAUUCGGGUUUAGCCCUGUAUCUUCGUGCUCUUGCUCUAUCGGAUAACGGUGCUCUUAUUUUUAAUUACGCGGUCGGGGUAGCGAGAUCUCAAUCUCUGUACGUCAAUUCUCUCUUCAUGAAUAGCAGAUUCCUGUGUGGAUCGAAUUCAGUAUCUAUGGAAUUGUUUCAAUUCACUUCGACCUGGCUCGUCGUGUGUUUAACUUGGGCUCGUGUAGCUGCUGUUAUAUUUCCCCUACAGACUCGUAAGAAAAUUUACACCAGUCGGUCUACGGUCCUCACGAUCGCCACUCUCACUUGCACAAGUUUUGUGAUCUCGUUAACGAAACUCUAUUAUGGAGGAUACGAGUCUGACAGCGUUUUCGAAUUUGUGCCUUGUCAGAUAAAAACAAAGCCUUGGGGUAACGCGAUGUAUUUUUACAUAGCGUUUUCCACGUGGUUGCCUUCGCUCUUUAUAUUCAUUGGCAAUGUAUUGCUGAUCGUGCACAUGAGAAAAUCCGAUUUGAUCAGAAAUCAAUUGACGCGAACAUCAGGAACGUCUUCGAAUGCGACGAGCAGAACGAGUCGAAUGUUACUCGCGGUUUCGAUCGUGUAUUUAGUCCUCUUACUGCCAAUCGGAAUCGUCGAAACCCUCGAGCUCUACUGGGACGUCGUUUUGGUGAAAUAUCCAUCGAUGAACAACGAGGAGAAUGCUCGUUACAUAAGCUGGCUCGAAGAAAAAAUGCUGUUGAAAUGGUGCCGAGGAUUUUUCUUUCACGUCUACCACUGGAACUUUGCUAUUAAUUUUUUUCUCUACUAUCUUACUGGUAAAAAAUUUCGAGAUGGUGUCAUAAAGGCUUUCAAAAAUUGCACAAAGACUUUAAAGCCUGCAAGCUUUUUACCGUGGAAUUCGUGUUGUAAAAUCACGAGAAGCUUGGCCAGAUCUCGAAGGUCGAACAUUUUGUUGAUCCGAGUGAUCACUCUCGACGAGCAUUCGGUCAAUGGCAACAUUACGAUUGGUGAUUCGAACGCUUUUCGUUCCAGCGGUCGUCUUCGUUAUUGAAUCGUGCGUCAAAAAAUGAUACGUUGCUUAACGAACUGGUAUUAAGGAUAUUGGGUUGAAUGUAUAAACGAAGAAAAAAGGUGUAUCUUGAAAUUUUGUAUAUUGACGGCGGAAAAAUAUCACAUUCUGUAUCAGUACGGGAUAUGAAACAGUCGCUGAACGAUGUUUAAUCGUGUACAAUAUAUGUGUAAAUAUAUAAAGCGUUUUACAAA